UUUCUUUCUUUCUUUCUUUCUCUCCACUUUCUAUCUGUAGUACUGUCUUUUCAGGUUCCUUUCGUUUUCGUCUCCGUAGAGUUCCGCAUAAACAAAAACAAUCUUCGAAAAGGGUUUCCGGGAAGUUUCUUUCUACACCAAAAAGGAAACAAAAAUAAAUCGUGUCUCUGUCUCCUUUAAGAAAUCUGAGAAUGGAAUAUUUUGAGUUGUGUUUUUCUUUAUAAGAUCAAUUUCUAGGUUUGAGUAAUUAGUGAAGAAAAAGAAGAAGAAGAGGAGAAGAGGAUUUUGAUAGUUGUUGAAUGGCGAUUGAGUACCAUUGCUGUGAAACUGGAUUUUUUGUUUAUAUCGGGGUUAUUGCUUUUCUGGUUUUAUUUGCUGGAUUGAUGUCUGGAUUAACAUUAGGGCUCAUGUCUAUGAGCGUCGUUGAUCUUGAAGUUCUUGCUAAAUCCGGUACUCCCAAGGAUCGUAAACACGCUGCGAAGAUAUUGCCCGUUGUGAAGAAACAACAUUUACUCUUGUGCACCCUUCUUAUUUGCAAUGCUGGUGCAAUGGAGGCGCUCCCUAUUUUUCUUGAUGGUUUGGUUACCACUUGGGGUGCCAUAUUGAUCUCAGUAACAUUGAUCCUCUUGGUUGGAGAGAUAAUACCCCAAUCCAUCUGCUCCAGAUAUGGUUUGGCAAUUGGAGCCAAGGUGUCACCUUUUGUGCGUGUGCUUGUCUUUGUUUGCUAUCCGGUUGCAUUUCCAAUAAGCAAGCUACUUGAUUAUUUGCUGGGAAACCGCCACGUUGCUCUUUUCCGUAGAGCUGAGCUGAAAACGCUUGUUGAUAUGCAUGGUAAUGAGGCUGGGAAAGGGGGAGAGUUGACUCAUGAUGAAACAACCAUCAUAGCAGGAGCACUUGAGCUUACUACGAAAACAGCAGGAGAUGCUAUGACUCCUAUAGCUGAAACAUUUUCAAUUGAUAUUAAUGCAAAGCUUGAUAGGGAGUUGAUGAAUCUAAUUCUGGAGAAAGGGCAUAGCAGAUUGCCAGUUUUUUAUGAGCAGCCUAUAAACAUAAUUGGACUUAUUCUGGUUAAAAAUUUGCUAACCGUUCACCCAAAUGAUGAGUUACCUGUUAAAAGCGUGACCAUUCGAAAGAUUCCAAGAGUUCCAGAGACCUUGCCACUAUAUGAUAUCUUGAACGAAUUUCAGAAAGGUCACAGCCACAUGGCUGUUGUCAUCAGGAGCCGAGACAUGCACAUCAAGCAGGCAGAAACAGAACUUUCAGCUGUUGAUAAUACCUUGAGAGAGGUCAGGGUAGAUAUUGAUACUGAAAAGAAGCCUCCGGAGAAAACUCUCAAAAGCAAAUCAUUCAAGAAAUUGAAUAGCUUUCAGUCAAAUGCUAAUACUUCAAGUAUGGAAACUCAAAAGGUGAAGACCAAGAAAUGGGAUACUGACGUUUUGGAUAUUGAUGACAAUCCACUUCCAACACUUGCUGAUGAAGAAGAAGCAGUAGGGAUUAUAUCGAUGGAAGACGUCAUUGAAGAGCUGUUACAGGAGGAGAUCUUUGACGAGACAGAUCAUCAGUAUGAGGAUUUAUAACAGUGGCUGUUGCUCUUCUAUGGUCGUAUACAGGUAAUACAAAUGAUAGAGGAUAACAGUCGAUCUUCCUUUUGUUUAGUACUGGUAUAUAUAAUACGAAAUGUCCCAUGGAGAUUUUUUUUCAUUUAUUCAUUGUAGUUCGUACUGCUGCUAAACAUAGCUCUGGUAGAAUGUCAAAUGAAGUACAGUAUAGAUUUCCUCUACUGUUUAUUGAAAGUUUAUGAAACUCAGCUGAUUUACGCGUAGAUAUAUAUCAUCGAUGUACUUUAAGGCAUGAUUUUCGUGUCGAUGGAAUGCUACCGACUUGGAUUAACAGGGGACCAGUACUAAUCUUCUGUAACUGUCUUUCUGGCUUAAGCAACUUUGUAUGAGAACUCCCAACUCAAGGCUGUGUUGUGCCUGA